UUUUUUCAUUAGUAGUAAACUGUUAAAUUUAAACAGUGUAAUUUAAAAAGAUUAGUGUUGAACUUUUGAGUCUGUCGGUAUUUUGUGCAUUUCAUGAGUCUAGGAGUCAGUGUUUUAUUAUUUCUUUUAGUCUGGUAGUAAAGUAUCUCUACAAAAAUGCGUAACUUUGAAAACCUUAUUCAGCCGUAGUUAUUAGGAAGUAUUUUAGUUUAGUUGAUACCUGUACCUUACUAUUACCUAAUAAUGACUUCAUUUCGACAAAUUUGUGACAAAGCUUGUAACAUUGAAAUAUUACAUUCAGAAUGGAGUCCUAUGAGAGACUUAAUUGCAGUUGUUUUAAGUAAUGGAGACGUUCGACUGCAUCGCUUAUAUUGGCAAAAGGUUUGGGUAAUGCCUGGAAAAACUAAUAAAGCAGCUCAAGUUGCUUGGAAACCUGAUGGGAAACUGUUAGCUAUUGGUUAUGAAGAUGGUUCUGUAAGUUUAGUGGAGAUAGAGAAAGCUCUUAUACUUAACACCGUAAAAUGUCCAUGUAAAGUAACAUCGCUUCGUUGGAGCUCUCAAACAAAAUCCAAAAAGUAUAACGAGUUUAGCGAAAAAUGCGUUCCAUUUGUUGAAAAAGACAAUUUAAAGUUAGAGUUUAACAAUCUAAAUAUUUUGAUAAAUAGUUCAGAUAAUGAGAAUGAGUUUAUGUUAACUGUGGGCUGUGAAAAUGGAGAGGUCUUUUAUUAUGCUGAAGGCAUUUUUCUUAUAUUAUCAGUAAAUUUAAACAACAAUCUAUUCCAAAAUGUUAUUGUUUUAAAUACACAUGUAGAGUUAUCAACUGGAGUGCUUUCUGUAAUCUUUAAAGGAGUUGAGUCUAACAGUAAUGCACUUAUGAAGCACUUAGAAUGCACUUAUUUGCAGCAAUAUUCUUCAAAACUUUUUUCUGAACAAAGCUCAGACUUAUUUUUUUUGUCUAGAAAACUUAUAAAAAUUAUUACUCUAAUAGAUAAAUGUGAAAAAGUUAUUAAUCGGAUGAAAGAGGUAUCUGAUGAUGUGUGUUUUAGAAUAAAUACUAAACUUGAAAAACUUGAGGAAAUGCUGCAAGGAACUGGAAGUUCUGUUGUUGGUGUUUUUACAGCAGCUUACACAAUAGGUGAAGCCAGUCCUGAGAUGGAAACAUUUUUAAUACAACAUUUUACAAUAAAAGGAUUAAAACAAAUUUCACAAAGUGUUCAUUCUUCUUAUUUAAAUUUGCAAGCUUUUAUAAAUGAAGAACUAGAAGUAAUUUUGCAGCAUUUAUUGUUCAACAUAGUUGAAUUAUGUGGAAUGGAAGAAAUGUUUGAUAAGUUUGGUCUUUUAUGUAUAACAGAUGGUAUCACACUAAAAUGUUUAUCCAUACUACACCAACUGAUGUUGAAGACACGUGCGUUACUUCAAGCUGUUUGCAGUGAUAUGAACAAUUUUCGAAUUUUUUUUGUUUGGCUUAUAAGUUUUAUGUUUACUAUAAGUGAUGAAGAAAACCCUAUUCCUUUUAAACAAUUUACGAAUGAUGAAUUUGAUGUUAUGCUAGAAUUUUUGGAGUAUCGUCUGUUAAAAGUUAAGAAAAACAAUAAAUAUGGCUAUGACCUAGAACGAGUUAGUCAAUUUUUUCAACCAGAGGUUUUAGAUUUUCCAGAUGAUUAUUCAAGCAAUGCUUGGUACAAUUUCAUAAGUUCAAAUAAUUUGCUAAAAAACAGUAAACUCAUUAUUAAACCAAAUUCACAAGCCACCUUAGUUAGUUUGUUUAAUCAACUGAAAGAUGCAUUUGAUGUAAUUUUUCGAUCAUUCAAACAAUAUUUAUCUGACUCUUUUAGUUUGAAAACAUCUAUAAAAAUUUUUGAAAAUCAUCCAGAUCAUCCUGAUUACAAAAAAAGUUGUUUUCCGUCAACCUCAUUUCUUCAAAAAGAAAAUUUAAUAUUAGCAUUAGUUGUAGCUUGUUCUUGUGAAUCUAAUGAUCUAAUUUUAUUAAAAAUUGAUGCAAACAGUUUAGUUAAUGUACACCAUUGUGUGAUUGAAUUAGAUCCAGACUUGAAUUCGUCUUAUACUGAUGAUAACUACGUUAUAUUAAGAAAUGCACAGUUUUAUAACUUUGAAACUAUCACUGUUGUAUUUGAGGAAUUUAAUAGUAAUGAUAAUAGCUCCAGUGUUAUUGGUCAGGUAGCGUUGAGUAAAAUAUUAAAUAAUAAAUCAAUAGAGCUGACAACUGAUUAUAGUUAUUGUGUUCUUAAUACAAUUUUAGAGCUCAAACAACAACAGGCCAUUAGAGGAUUCAUUUCUGAACAACGUUAUAUUGAAGGGUUUAGUUCAAAGUUUAUAUGUGUAAAUGGAUAUUCACGUAAAGUUUGUUGUUUAGUAGCAGCAAGUGGAAGGAGAGUCUGUAUAUUUGAUAUGUCUUCUGAAGAUGAUAUUGAAAAUGAUAAAAAUGAUGAUACUAGCGAAUCACAAUUAUAAAUAUUUUAAAUUAUAGUUUUUUAAUUAUAGAAUUAAAUUACAUUACUUAUAGAUUU